GUUUCCUUGCUAAGCAGUUUAACACCCUAAUAAGCUACACGUUUCAGCAGUUCUACAAUCUACGCAGUAGCCACUGCACAUUUUGUGGUCGUAAAUGCCUAGUUGCAGAGGCUAGGUCAUUGUUUGUUCAGCCUUCAAGUGCCCCUAAAUCAUACCACUCUUCUGCUAUCUCAAGUUCAGUUAUUCUGCAUCUGAAGCUAUAUGGCACCAAAGAACGUUCACCACCUACUCCUCUGGCAAUGGAUAGUGUUCUGAGUUAUGUCCGUACAGAAUGGGAUCCACUUGAUGCUAGCUUCAGCACUAAUCAGCCUUAUCAGGUUUACACAGUAGAGCACUCCGUCUCCGCAGACAAAGAGCCCAUGGCUGACAGCUGCAUCUACAAGUGUGUUAGAAACAAAAUUCAGUGUGUGGCCGUCACCAGAAUACCCCUACGAUCCAAGGCCGUCAGCUGUUGCAGAGAUGUUACAGAAGACAAACUAGUCCUGGGUUGUGAAGAUUCGUCCAUAAUUCUGUACGAAGCCUACAACCAAGUGACUUUGUUAGCUCAAGCAGAACUGCUGCCUGCUUUAAUAACCUACCACCCUUCCGGAGCCAUAUUCAUGGUUGGCAGCUCUCAAGGGGAGCUGCAACUUUUUGACACAGCGCUGUCCCCAAUUAAAAUUCAGCUCUUGGCACAAGACUAUUCCCCUGAGGCAACUAUGCAGUUCAGUAAACACUUUGACGUGCCCAGCAGCCUCGUCCAGAUCCAGUGGGCUGCUCCUCGAGUGGCGUCUGCCAGCACCGCUGGCAUGGAUGUUCAUGAUCUGGUGUUGGUUAGAUUUGACAAAGGACCCUUAGGAGUACUUCACUUUAAACUCGGUGUGAUCUCAAGAGGACAGCUGGGCCUGGUGGAAAUCAUCCACCAGUACAUUCGUUAUGAUGAGAUACAGGAAGCGAUUAACGUCCUGAACACCAUGAACUGGAACACGAUGGGGCGUCAGUGCUACAUAUGCUUGAGUGCCAUUGCCAAUCACCUCCUUAAACAGAAGCUUACGCCAGACAGAGAAGCACAGCUCGAGGCAAGCCUUGGAACCUUCUAUGCUCCAACAAGACCUCUCUCGGAUACAACCGUGCUGGAGUACAGGGACCCAAUCAGCAGAUAUGCAAGAAGGUUCUUCCACCACCUGCUCAGGUAUCAGAGAUUUGAAAAAGCUUUUCUGCUAGCUGUUGACUUGGGUGCUCGGGACCUGUUUAUGGACAUCCAUUACCUCGCUCUAGAUAAGGGUGAAUUGGCACUGGCUGAAGUGGCAAAGAAGAAGGCUAAUGACAUUGAUGCAGAAUCAAUAACUACUGGAAUUGGACUUCUGGGGCAGUCAGAUGAAGAAAACCCAUCUCGUGAAGCUUUCAUUGGCCAGUCAUCAGAGGACGGAGAAGAAUGUGACCCACCUGCUCCCAGUGCGGCCAUUGGACCGCCAGCACAGCGCUGCUCCCGCGGAUACUUCAGCGUUGCUAGAGAUUUGGCUGCCUAUUCUGAGACAUCCUCAGAGGACAUAGUUUAUAAUGGAGUCUUUUGUUGUCUGCCCUGGUUUUACAUCUUUGCACCAGCUAGUCACAGCAAAGCCAUGAAAUCUAUUGACCUACAUUACUGCAUUUCCAACAACCCAGAUACUGUCUCCAUCUGUAUCUCACCCAAGUUCCUGGAAGAUCGUCUCUAG